CUGCUCCUCCUCGUCUUCUCUACCAUCCCAACACACACGACACAAAGAAGAUAAACGUCAAACUCAAGCUCAGAUCCCAUCCUCUUUCAAACGCCACCUUUUCCUCCAGAUCCAGCCUCGAUCUACCAAAUCACCGUCACCGAUCUCCGUCUCUACUUCAUUGAUGGAGAACUUGAUUUCUUUAGUAAAUAAAAUUCAAAGAGCUUGCACUGCUCUUGGUGAUCAUGGUGAAGCUAGUGCGUUACCUACUCUAUGGGAUUCCUUACCCUCCAUCGCCGUCGUCGGUGGCCAGAGUUCGGGGAAGUCAUCGGUGUUGGAGAGUGUAGUCGGGAAGGAUUUCUUGCCUCGUGGAUCCGGUAUCGUUACGCGGCGGCCACUUGUGUUGCAGCUUCAUAAGAUCGAUGAAGGAAGUAGAGAAUAUGCUGAGUUCCUUCAUCUCCCAAGGAAAAGAUUUACUGAUUUUGCUGCUGUGAGGAGGGAGAUUCAAGAUGAGACUGAUAGAGAGACUGGUCGAUCAAAGCAAAUUUCAAGUGUUCCAAUUCAUCUUAGUAUUUACUCUCCUAAUGUUGUCAACUUGACAUUGGUUGAUCUUCCUGGGCUUACUAAAGUAGCAGUUGAGGGUCAACCAGAGAGUAUUGUGCAAGAUAUUGAAAACAUGGUUCGAGCUUAUAUCGAGAAGCCCAACUGUAUAAUUUUAGCAAUUUCACCCGCCAAUCAAGAUCUUGCUACCUCUGAUGCUAUUAAAAUCUCUCGUGAAGUGGACCCUACAGGAGAGAGGACCUUAGGAGUCUUGACAAAGAUCGAUCUUAUGGAUAAGGGUACUGAUGCAGUUGAUAUGUUGGAAGGAAAAUCUUACCGCCUAAAAUUUCCCUGGGUCGGUGUGGUGAACCGCUCACAAGCAGAUAUUAACAAGAAUGUGGACAUGAUUGCUGCUCGGCGUAGAGAACGUGAGUAUUUUUCCAGCACCCCAGAAUACAAGCACCUUGCCCACAGAAUGGGUUCAGAGCAUCUAGCAAAGAUGCUGUCAAAGCAUUUGGAAGUUGUAAUCAAGUCCAAAAUUCCAGGCAUUCAGUCCCUUGUCAACAAAACAAUUGCUGAACUUGAAUCGGAAUUGAGUCGUCUUGGAAAGCCUAUUGCUGCAGAUGCUGGAGGAAAGAUGUACUCAAUCAUGGAGAUUUGCCGCCUUUUUGAUCAAAUAUACAAAGAGCAUCUUGAUGGCAUCCGACCUGGUGGUGAUAAAAUUUACAAUGUUUUCGAUAACCAGCUUCCUGCUGCUCUAAAAAGGCUACAGUUUGACAAGCAACUUUCAAUGGAAAACAUUCGGAAAUUGAUCACUGAAGCUGAUGGGUAUCAACCUCACUUGAUAGCUCCUGAACAAGGAUAUCGUCGUCUCAUUGAAUCUUCUGUAGUUUCUAUCCGAGGUCCUGCUGAGGCAGCUGUUGAUGCGGUUCAUGGCCUUCUGAAGGAUUUAGUUCACAAGGCUAUCAGUGAGACUAUAGAGUUGAAGCAGUAUCCUGCUCUUAGAGUAGAGGUCAGUAAUGCUGCUAUCGAGUCACUUGAUAGAAUGAAAGAUACAAGCAAGAAAGCAACGCUCCAGCUAGUCGACAUGGAGUGUAGCUACCUGACAGUGGACUUUUUCCGGAAACUUCCUCAGGAUGUUGACAAGGGUGGCAACCCUACCCAUUCUAUAUUUGAUAGAUAUAAUGACUCGUAUCUUAGACGAAUUGGAUCUACUGUUUUGUCUUAUGUCAAUAUGGUCUGUGCAAGUCUACGUAACUCCAUUCCAAAGUCCAUUGUUUAUUGUCAAGUGCGUGAGGCCAAGCGAAGCCUGCUUGACCAUUUCUUCACCGAGUUGGGUAAACUGGAGCAAAAGCAAUUGUCAUCAUUACUGAACGAGGAUCCUGCAGUCAUGGAGCGCCGAGCUGCCAUUGCAAAGAGACUUGAGUUGUACAGGAGUGCACAAGCAGAAAUUGACGCAGUUGCUUGGUCCAAGUAGAUCAGCAGCAUUUGAAUCAUCCAUCUCUUUUGUACGAGAAUAUGGCUUUAUGGCUGUCAUUCUUUCAUUUAUGGCUUGUGUUUUGGGAAGAUGGGGAGCAAUGUUUUGUUUUAUUUCUACGCGCUAUAGAAGUAACAAAGAGUUCAUUUGUCUUCAUAGGAGAAUAUUUGUUGCUCUUGCCGUAACCAUUUAUCACUAUGGAUUGAGUAUAUUUUUACGAGUUUGCUAUGCUUACAUGCAUUGUUGUCAAAUUGAUUAGUAAUUUUUUUUAACAUUUAUUAGUAUAAUUGGACAUGAUUGGUGCAAAA